CGCGACCAAUGCAUCCGAUCCAGUCAUUGAUGUGUAGUGAUAUAGCGUCGUACUAAAUUACGAUCGGUGCUUGCUCGUGAUGAUAAUCGCUGUGUUAACCGCGCUUAUUGUGGCUCUGAGUCUAGUGCAAUAUGUCCGAUUCCGGAGAAAAAUGUCGUUUGCGAAGGUUCUGCCGACAGUGCAACCCUGCUAUCCAGUGGUCGGCAAUGGGCUCCUGUUUCUCGGGAAGAAUGGAGAAGAGCGGUUCACCAAUCUUGCUGGUGCAUUGGAUUAUCCUGCCAAGUUGUUCAAAUUGUGGCUAGGCGUGUUCCCGCUUAUAUGCACCAGUGAUCCAAGCAUGGCACAGAAAAUCUUAACACAUCCAAAUUGUAUGGCGAAACCAUUUUUCUAUGAUUUCUUCAAAGUGGAUUUUGGCUUGUUCUCGGCCCACUACAACGUGUGGAAAAGCCAGCGGAAACACCUGAACACAACGUUCAAUCUGAAAAUUUUGAAUGGUUUCGUGCCGAUCUUCGAUAGGUGUGCUCAAAAUCUGGUGCAAACACUUGCCAAGCUGCCGAAGGGGGAACCGGUACCCAUCACAGAUUAUAUGAUGCGAUGUACGCUGGAAAUGGUUUGUGCGACCACAAUUGGUUCGGAUGCCAAACAAGACUCGGGUGUAGAUAAGUUCAUGCAGAUGAUUCAAAGAAUUUUCCACCUAGCAUCAGAGCGUGUGCUCAGCGUGCACCUGCACUGGGAGAGGUUUUACCAAUUUACAAAGCAGUUCAAAGAAGAUGUGGUAUUGAGGAAAGAAGCUUAUUGUUAUGCUAACAAGGGAUCAGAACCCACCGCCGGCCCCCAGAAUCAUCAACCAGACGACCAGCGAGGACUAGAGGACCACCCGGCUGGCCAUCACACAGGACGCACGACACACAAAAUUAUUCUACAGGAUGCUGUUGAUCGCCGAGGUGCGCAGGUGACCCGACCCGACAGCAAUGAAACCGAUGACGAUGGAUACCGACGACCUCAAAUCUUCAUCGAUCAAUUGUUGGAACUUCAGGAAGCGAAAAAAUUAGAAGAAAUCGAAAUAAUUCACAAUGUGUAUACCAUUAUCGUAGCGGGUUCGGACACGUCGGGUACUGAGAUGGGCUAUGCUGCACUGAUGCUUGCGUUGUAUCCUGAGAUCCAGGAAAAAGUUUACAAUGAAAUUGUGGAAGCAUUUCCUCUAUUAACUCCAGCCAACUUCAGUCCGGAAUCUUUAAAACAGUUAGAGUACUCCGAAAUGUUCAUCAAAGAAUGCCUUCGGCUAUACCCGGUUGGUCCACACAUAAUGAGAGAAGCAAUUGCCGAUAUUGAACUGGACGGAAUGACGGUUCCAAAGGGAACAUAUUUUUUAGUAAGCAUAUACAAUAUGCAUCGGAAAAAAGAAGUUUGGGGUCCGAACGCGGACAAGUUUGAUCCAGAGAAUUUCUCCCCGGAGCGAAGCCAAGGGCGCCAUCCAUUCGCGUUUCUUCCGUUCAGUGGAGGGAACAGGAAUUGUAUCGGUAACCGAUAUGCAAUGAUCAGUAUGAAGAUAAUUCUGGUACAUUUGUUAAGGAGUUUCAAGUUGUCAACCAAGAUGAAGUUGGAAGAUCUGCAUUUUCAUUUUGAGGCUCUGCUGAGGUCAACCAACGAACCCAAAGUUAUACUAGAACCACGAACAUUUGCUGCACUUAGUCCAAAAAAGGGAUAUUACCAAUCGCUGGAAGAGUCGUAAAAUUUCAUACGAUUGUUUGAUUUGAAUAAAAUAUUUGCUGUCCGGUUAAUGGGUGAAUUUUA